CAUCUACUGCCGUACAUUGCAAUUCUCGACUUGAGUUACAUGUGUCCCUCUCCAAAAGCACAAGCGGUUUGUCCUGCAUGCGAGUAUGAAACGCGUUUCGCCGGGAAAAAUAAUACAGAGGUGGAUCUCGCGUUGCGUUAUUUAAAGUCCCCACCUUCCUCGCGAAUAACACCCAUCGAGCGCAUUUUCCUGAGGGAUUACAUACGAUGGACCUGCACAUCCUGGACCACCGACUACGAGUGACAUGUAUCAGCAAAACCGGACUGGAGCAUUACACGCAUCCACUGAUCAAGCUGAUAUUUCUGAGGAACAGGACGAGAUGCAAAUUUUUCAGUCUCACAGAGACUCCUGAAAAUUACACGGUUGUUCUUGACGAGGAGGGAUUUAAAGAGCUUCAGCCAUCAGAGCAUUUACAGGUUGAGGGCUCCACCUGGCUCCCGCUCAAUGUCGUCUCUAAUGGAAACGCUUCCAGCAGUUCGCAGGCUGUUGGCGUCACCAAGAUCGCCAAGUCUGUUAUCGCUCCUUUGGCCGAGCAACACGUGUCAGUCUUUAUGCUCUCCACGUACCAGACUGACUUUAUUCUGGUGCGAGAGAAAGACCUGUCUGUGGUGGUGGAGACUCUGGAGGAAGAGUUUAAUAUUUUUAGAGAGGAGGGGGGCGAAUCGGUGCCCGUUCACGGUCAGGAUGUUUUGAACGGACUUCAGAAAAACGGCAGAGAGGUACCGCAUGCAACGCUUCAUCCUGUGAUGAUUCCAGAAAAUCAGUUCUGUGUCAUGAGUUUGGAUCCGGACACACUGCCAGCGAUCGCCACAACACUUAUAGACGUUCUGUUCUACUCUAACAGUCCUAAAGAGGGCGCCAGCGCGGACCAAGAGAUGGAACGUAUCAAAUUCUUUUCUUUCUCCUUGAUUGAAGGAUACGUUUCCUUGGUGAUGGACACAGAAGCACAGAGACAAUUCCCCGCUGAUCUUCUGUUCACCAGUUCUUCAGGUGAGCUAUGGAGGAUGGUGAGAAUAGGAGGGCAGCCGCUCGGCUUUGAUGAAUGUGGGAUAGUUGCUCAGAUAUCGCAGCCUCUUGCAGGCAGUGAUAUAUCAGCUUAUUACAUUAGUACCUUCAGUUUUGAUCAUGCUCUGGUGCCUGAAGAAGAUAUAGCGAGUGUUACUGAGAUGCUACAAACUCAAAGAAAAGACGUUCCUUGUUGAGUUUUUUUCAUAUUUAGCAUCUUCCUCUUUUCUUGGAGAAGAAAACAAAAACAUAGUGGACGGUGAGCCACUAACGCAGUAUUACUCCUGAUCGUCUUACUUUCAGAAUACUGCGAAAUAUAACUUAACGUGUCCAAAGGCAUUAUAGUCAGGCCAUGUGACAAUGCAGAUAUCCUAAUUUUUUUUUAAUGCUGCAAUACACCCAUUUGUUGAAAUAUUCAACGUUUUUUUUUUACUUUAGAGUCCACAUAUCUUGAAAGUUCAACAAAAAUGUAUUAUAGACUAUCGGGCUGUUUUUGAUUUGCCUACAAAGCAGUAAAACUUCAGUGAAUUCAUCUCAUCAUCCCAGUGUUUUUCCUGGUAACACUUUACAGUAAGAUUAUAUUUGUUAACAUUAGUUGUUAGCAUUAGCGAUAUUAAUAAAAACUAUAUUGCUUAUUGUUAGUCUAUGUUAGCUAACACAUUUACAAACAAAUACAACCUUAAUGUAAAGUGUUACCGUUUUCGGAACCGAGCACUUUCCCAAAAACACUGCAAAACAUGACUUUCUUACUUAGUAUUUUUGUCUUUUUUUCAGUAAAAAUAUCUAAAAAUUCUUAAAUUAAGAUGAGCAAAAUGACCUAAGAAAAGAAGUCUAGUUUUUAGACAAAAAAUAUCAACUUUAAGCAAAUUAGUGCUUAAAACAAGCAAAAAAAUCUUCCAAUGGAAUAAGAAAAAUUUUCUUGAAAUAAUUCAAGAAAAUGUUUCUUAUUCCAUUGCCAUAUUUUUUUGUUUGUUUGUUAUUUAUAUUUUUUUGUCUAAAAACUAGACUUAUUUUCCUAGGUCAUUUUUCUUAUCAAGAAAAUACAUCUUAAUAUAAGAAUUUUUAGCUAUUUUUACUAAAAACAAGACAAAAAUACUACGUAAGAAAGUCAUCUUUGGAGUGCAAGAGAUUUGUAAUCAAAUUUGGUCGUAAUCAUUGAAGUCAUUUCUAAAUAAAAAUUGUUAAAAUAUAUUUUUUCUCGAGAUCUUUCUCAUGUGAGAUAUUUAUCUAAUGAGUUAUUGGGAGUAUAUCAUGAGUUUUGCAUGCGUUUAUAUCAGCAGAGAUGCACUGAUUGAAAAUAUCUUGUUGGCACAAUUGACAGAUUUAAUAUCAGGUGACUUAAAAAGAUUUUUAAAGAUGCAUUUUUGUUACAAAGCAAGCUCAGUGUUUUGGAAGAGCUGCUGAUUUGGAAACACUACAGAAUAUUUGACCGAUAAUUUCUUUAAAGCUAACCUGAUACAUAUUUUGUUUUGUGUGUUUAAGCUACUUUUUCUUAUUUUUAGGUCUAAUUUAAGGCACUAAUGCAGCUUAAGACAGUUCUUGACUUUUUUUAGAAUAUUGUAGAUUUUUGUAUGCAAGAAAACAUUUGUUAAAGAAUAUCUAGUGCCAUUAAGGAUUUGUCAUAUUUUAUUUUUUUAUCCGUUCACUUCUGCAAUAUCAGCACUUACUAAAGUUACCGAUGUGCAAACAUUGUUUUGUAUAGGUCAAUACUAAUAAUUCUGAGCAUUUAUGCUUUUGUAGUAUAGACUUUUGGUAUAUUUUAUACCGUGUGGAAAGUAUUGCAUAUUGUAUUUGUUACUGUGCUGCUUAUUCAAUAAAUACCCAUAAAUACUA